CGCGCGGGAAAUUCCCAACGGCCAUCCGGAAAUAGGAGGACUGUCACGUUGUUGUUAGAUUUUUGCUAUUUUUGUUUAUUUUUCCUUCGUUUAUUUCUUCUUUUUUCUGCUAAUUUUCUGUUAAUUUCCUCCGUCGAACAACGUGGACGGAGGAUCAGAAAUAGAAAGGCACCAGUAGAAAUUGCAGCGGCGGAAUUGGAGCGGGCGGUGGCUGGAGAAGGAUGAAGCCGACGCCCCUCGCCACAUCUCUCCCCCUCUUCCUUCCCUGAGGAGCGCCUGCACGCCCUUCUCCCAAGGAGCUCAGGCAAAAGUUGGGGUAGACGGGCGGUCGCAGGGAGGGCAGAGUGCUCUGCGUUCGAACUCCAUCGUCGCAAAAUGGCUUCAUCCCCUGCGACUGCUCCGCCGCCCGACACCUCCACUCCGCCUGCUCCUCCCACCCAAGAUGCGCUACCGCCAUCCGAUUCCCCGCCAGCGCCUCCUCUUGACUCAUCGCCGCCGGAAUCAUCACCCGACGCUCCGUCUCCGUCGUCCCCAGAUUCCACAGACGACCCGGACUCUCCAUCUCUCGAGUCCUCCUCUGCCCCUUCAUCGUCCUCCUCCAAGCCGUCUCGUCCUUCAUCCUCGCCACAUAAAUCAUCCUCCUCUUCACGUUCAAAACAUGACAAGGACUCACCAACGACCCCUUCGCCGUCGGACGGAUCGUCAACACCAGCCUCGAGAAGCCCAUCCUCCAAGUCGCUGCCUUCACAGAUAUCGUCAUCAGCCACAUCUCCGACGAAACAUGAUUCAGGCGUCAAUCUGCCUCUCGUUUUGGGGAUCACGGCAGGUGUGGGGAUAUUCCUGGUUUUGAUGAUCGUGGCUCUUGUGCUCUGCACCAAGAAGAAGAAGAAGAAGCAGCCCAACAUGCACUAUUAUGAUGGCCAGGGACUCAACGGUGGCUACUACCAAGCCGCACCGCUUCCAAAAUGGCAAAACGGAGGCCAAGGGAUGGACUACAUGGGCCAGAUCCCGCCACCUCCGGGAACGGCAAUGUCGCCCGCACAUGGGUGGCAUCAGUCGCCGAUGCCGCAGAUGGCCAGCACCGACAUGAGCGCGGCAUACUCCGGCCUCCACGGGCCGCCGUUGCCGCCCCCUUCACCCAACGUCGCGCUGGGCUUCAACCAGAGCACCUUCACCUACGACGAGCUCGCCGCGGCCACCAACGGGUUCUCCCGCGACAAUCUCCUGGGCCAAGGCGGGUUCGGGUACGUGUACAAGGGCGUGCUCCCCAACAGGAAGGACGUUGCGGUGAAGCAGCUCAAGUCGGGAAGCGGGCAAGGGGAACGGGAGUUCCAAGCGGAGGUCGAGAUCAUCAGCAGAGUCCACCACCGCCACUUGGUCUCGCUUGUGGGAUACUGCAUUGCGGGGUCGCAGCGAAUGCUCGUCUACGAGUUCGUACCCAACAACACUCUCGAGCACCACCUCCACGGGAAGGGUCUUCCGACGAUGGAUUGGGCUACAAGGCUCAAGAUUGCUGUAGGAUCAGCCAAGGGCCUCGCGUACUUGCACGAAGACUGCCACCCUCGAAUCAUCCACCGCGACAUCAAGACCGCCAACAUUCUCCUUGAUAACAAGUUUGAAGCCAUGGUUGCAGACUUUGGACUGGCCAAGUUAUCCUCGGACACGAACACUCAUGUCUCAACUCGAGUCAUGGGAACUUUCGGAUACUUGGCUCCCGAGUAUGCAUCGAGCGGCAAGCUCACGGAUAGGUCCGAUGUUUUCUCCUUCGGUGUGAUGCUUCUGGAGCUGAUAACGGGACGAAGGCCUGUCGACACCACGGGGGAUAUGGAUGAUAGCUUGGUCGACUGGGCGAGGCCUCUAUUGGUCCGGGCAUUGGCCGACGAAAACUUCGACGAGCUCGUCGAUCCGCGGUUGGAGAACAACUACGAUCCCGGCGAGAUGGCACGCAUGGCAUCCAGUGCCGCCGCUGCUGUCCGACACUCUGCAAGGAGGCGGCCAAGGAUGAGCCAGAUUGUUCGAGCACUGGAGGGCGACAUGUCGCUGGAACACCUGAACGAGGGGGGGAAGCCCGGACAGAGCACGUUCAACUCCAGCUCCGACUAUGACUCCGGCUCGUACUCCUCCAACAUGCGGCGGUUUAGACAGAUGGCGCUGGAGAGCACGGAGUACAGCAACGAGUACAGCGGCGCCACCAGCGAGUACGGGCUGAAUCCGUCGGAGUCGAGCAGCUCCGGGGAGAUGAAGAACUCCGUCGGAAGCCACAGAAAGAAUUCUCCUCCUGGUCUUUGAACAAUGAGGCCGUCCGAAGUUUCAAUCACCUUAUCUUAGUAUGCAUGUCUUUCUAUCAAUU